CUGCUGCUUUCAGGACUUCAGGUUGUUGGAGAGAUUUUGUAUUUCCCUUACACCAGAGACUCGGUUGCAUAAUAGGCAUUGGUAUGUAACGUCAGCACUUAAUUCUUCUUCGUGGUUAUAUAACCCAGCUCAUUCGAGAGGACUGUUGUAAUUUUAUAGGCGGGAAAAUGGAGGUUUGCGAUGUUACAGGUUCAGCUAAGAUUGUCAGCCAAUCUUGGACCUUCCUUCCCAGGCUCUUUCUCUUCCUGGGCCCCCGUUGAUCAGGCAGCAUGCCACUGUCCCUUGCAGCACAUCGUUUGGUUAUUUGUGUCACCUCUGGCAGGCAGAGGCCCGUGUCUACCACAUUCAUCCCAUUUGAGAUUCAAGGUGACCCUGAACUUCGGCGGUCAUGGACAAGGGGCUGUGUUGCCUGGCUGUUUUUUGCAGGUGACCUUUCUCUUUGGAUUCAUUUAUGUUCUUUUUUUUUUUUUUCCCUCUCUCACAUGGGACACAACCUGAUCUUGGUACCCUUCUCCUUCUUAGCUGUUUCCCCCUGGCCCCUGAAGAAUACAUUAUGGCAUCCCCUAAGUGGUGGUGACUUUCCUUUCCACCAUGCCCCUUCUCUGUACCCACCACCCACAGCUUCCAUUUCCCUCUUCGGCAUGUGGCGGGCCAUCUCAAACAGCCCAGCCUAAGCAUUUCCUGUUCCUCUUUUGGAAGAGGCUGAGGAGUAGCGAACAGUGAGUUGGCACUACCUCAUUGUGGAGAUAGUCAUCUCUUCCUCCUCUGCAAAAAGAAAAAGGAUGUGAAUAACUGGGUUCUGCCGUCUUUAAGAAAGAAAGCUAAAGCAAACUCCCUUCGGGGCUGAAGCAAGAAAAGGGUCUGGGUGACCAUGUUUCAAGUCAGUGACAGUUAGAAUGGGGGAUUGCUUUGUCUAUGGUUUUUUAGCCCUUUUCUGCGGAAAGGCAUUCUCUGCAGGGUGGGGGUGGAGGCAGUGGUGAUUGCUUCCCUCAAAGGGAAUGGCUCUGGGCUGAUGGGGCCAUGCUGGGAAUGCCAACUUCAGAUGGGGCUUCCUUACCUAAGGCCAUAGACACAGGAGUCUGUCCUGGGAUUGGGAUCUUGGGCCAUCUGGGGGAGGGGUGGUGGUGGAAGGAAUGGAGGGUGUUUAGCCCAGAGAAGGGGAAGAGUCCACUACAACAUGGCGGCUGCUUGAAAUACCUACAGGACUGUCAGGUGGGAAAGCGGUGACUUUCUGCUUAUCAUUUCCUGGAUUAAUACAGGGACAGCCCAGGCUGACUAAUUGUAGCUCUGCGUGAAUGAGAGUUCUCUUUGGGUGAGACAGAGGUCAACACAUCCAAACUCUGAGGUCUUUUGUUUGUUUUUAAGGAAUCCGUGAUUUUAUACUGAACUAUGCACUGUGUGUCUUUGUGGGUAUUAUACACAGGUAUCCAGGGAGCCAAACAGGGUAUGGAGAUCAUUCUACCAAAUAAAUUAUUUUAGCAAAACAAGGGCAGGCAAAGGGAAUAAAAAUACAAGAGGGUUUAGGGUGUACUGAUCUAAAGAACCUGGUUAGGAAUAAGGUCUAGAAUAAAGAUUUUGCAGAGGUUGGUAUUUAUGUACAUGGGCCAACCGCCAAGCUCCCCUACACCGUAUCUGAACUUCAGGAGAGGAGGAAGGAGCAGUGAAGGGCCCUCUGUUUUCUAAGUAAACCAUCAAUAACUGGAGACUGUUGUACCUCGACUCUGUUCUGAAGUCAGCGGCUUCCAAUAUCAGUAGAGAAGUAGGGGAAAAGGAAUGUGGUAGCCAGAAGGUUACCUCUCUCCCACCUGAAAGAUGGCUGGGAGGUGGGGGACACUCAGGGAAACCUAUCCCUCAGGCAUGGCAACCCAGCUCUGUCUGUCAAGGAGGAAGUGUUUGUACUGGGUUUUUGCAUGACAUCAGAAUGGAGAGGGAAGUGCCUUCUCUACCACUACAGGGGAACCCAGAGACAGGAGAGCAGCAAUUGGGGGUCAGCCAGAACGGUACCCCUGAGUCUGGACUGGGGAGCAGCUGUGGGCCAAGGAGCAGUGGAGGUAGAGUCCAAAGGCAACUGCACUGAGCAACUAGGACCUGAACCUCUAGCACCCCCUGCUUUCAAUGGAGAUCCCUUAACUUUUCAUACAGUUCGAUUUCUGCUUACGCUGGCCCCACCCACGUGCCAGGCUGCAGUCCGCAGGAUGAGAGAGAUUCUCCACUUUUGGGGUGCGCGUCCCCCUGCUGUAGGGGAAUGGGAGCUUGUGGGAAAAACCUUGACGUGGGAUGUGGUCUUUAAAGUCACCGCACUCAUCUGUUUGCCCCUGAGCAGAGGCAGAUGCAGCAGGAGGAAACUUCGCGUGAGGACUCAGGCGCACCCUCCUCGAGUCACACUGCUGUUAUCGAGGACGUGGUGUGACGUGGAGUGUAGCUGGCCUGCGGGGGGCGGGGAGGGGGUGGUGCAGCAUCCGGGCACUUCAGCGAGAGCGUCUCGGGAGCACCGAGAGCAGCCUGCAGCCAGCGUUCCCACAGCCAGCCUGAGGAGCGCCGGGAAACGCCUCUCUGAGAUGCACACCUCACAGUAGGCUGACUUGUAGACUUUUCUGAGAGUGCUGUCUUCAGUCCACGAGUCUGCUUACACCCACCAUCGUCAGAUCUUCCUCCACACCCAGGCACAGCUGCCAAGACCUGCCUCCUGGAUCAGCAUGACUGAACCUGAACAACACCCGGAUUACUAGAAGGUGGCUCAGAGGUGGAACCCCACGGGGAGCCGCAUGGUUGGUUCCUCGCGGACAGGCACAGGACUGGAUGGACUCAGGCGACACUCACAGCUAUCCACCCUUAAACUCCUGCCCCCUCCAUCUGUUAGGGAGACCUGCUUUUCUUUGGCCCCAAAUGUAGGUUAUAGAGCAGGGAUGCUUUUGAAUCUCAUUCAUCCCUCUUUUGGUUCUCAUAAGACUGUUGGAAAAGCAAAGCGAGCACUGGUAGGAAUGGGGAAUCUGUAAUCAGGCUGCAAAAACCUGUUGGAGCCUGUUGACGCAGUUUGGAGGGCCCCCCUCCCCCCGCAGGGCUGAGCGCUGUUUGUGUUUGGUUUGUGUUUGGUUUGUGUUGUGUACUGAAAGAGUGACCUUCCUAUUAAUGCCAUUUGCUCAGAGGAUCUAAUAAUUCAGCUCCCGGAUUAAUGAAACUUACAUAGAAAUUAAGCAGGAGAAGUUAGCAAAUCCUGGAAAGGCCUAGAUCUUGCCUGAACUUUGCGCUUCUUUAGGUAAACGAGGCAAAUUCUCUAAGAGCAGAGUGUAAACAGUGUCUGAGACCUGCCAAGAGGACACCUUCCACGGGGUGAUCCUUCACACUUGUUGAGAGUUUUCCAAAGGGUUUUACCCCCAAAAUAAUUUUGAGAAUGUUAAGUUUCAUCACGUUUUUGGUUUAUGUGUUUAUGCCCGAUAAACUUGUGCAGAGUCUGCUGGUAUUUUGCAGCGUGAGCCUGGGAGCGGCCUAAGGCUUAUAUCCAAAAGAUGGUGACAUCCCAGCCAGGCAGUUAACCAAGCCUGUGACCAGGAUGAAGAGUUGAAGAGAAUUUAACUGUGAUCCGGUGGUUCUCACACUUGAGCAGGCAUGAGUACCACCUGGAGGGCUUGUGGAAACCCAGGGUGCUGGACCCUGGCCCAGAGUCUCUGAGUCUGCCUGAGAACUGGUAUUUGUAACAGGCUCCCGGCCAAUGCCAUUGCUCCUGGUUGGAGGACCACAGCUUGAGACCGGCAGUUUUGUUCCCAUUUUACAGAUGUAGAAACUUGUGGAAUCUCCCUGGCUACUGAAUGGUAGACCCAGGAUAUAUCUGAACUGUCUCAGUGCUCAAGGCCACCCUUAAGACUUCAUUGCCGUCACUUGGUCUCUCUACUGCACCCGAAUUUGCUUUAUCUUCUUCCCACAUUCCUGCUUGCUUCUCAGAGCAAGGUGGUGCUUCAGCGACAUAUGAAGAUUCAUGAGAAGGACCCUAACAGUGCUACAGCUACGGCGCCCCCAUCCCCACUGAAGCGCAGGCGGCUGUCCUCCAAGAGGAAGCUGAGUCAUGAUGCCGAGUCAGAGAAAGAAGACCCAGCACCUGCUAAAAAGAUGGUAGAAGACGGGCAGGCGGGUGACCUGGAGAAGGUGGACGAAGUGUUUCACUGCCCAAUAUGUUUCAAGGAGUUCGUUUGCAAGUAUGGACUGGAGACCCACAUGGAGACCCACUCAGAUAACCCACUAAGAUGUGACAUUUGCUGUGUCACCUUUCGAACACAUCGAGGAUUGCUACGCCACAACGCGCUUGUCCACAAACAGCUUCCCAGGGACGCAAUGGGAAGGCCUUUCAUACAGAACAACCCUUCCAUUCCUGCUGGCUUCCAUGACUUAGGAUUCACUGACUUCUCCUGUAGGAAGUUUCCUCGAAUUUCUCAGGCCUGGUGUGAAACAAACCUACGAAGGUGCAUCAGCGAACAGCACCGUUUUGUCUGCGACACAUGUGACAAAGCAUUCCCCAUGCUCUCCUCGCUCACCCUGCACAAGCAGACCCACGUUGCCACGGACCAGGGACGGGACAGGCUGCAGGCCAAGACCCUGCCCGGUGACGCCCUGGACCAGAAGGUCUUCCUGGCCUUGCUGGGCCUGCAGCACACCAAAGACGUCAGGCCUGCCCCCGCUGAGGAGCCCCUGCCGGAUGACAACCAAGCAAUACAGCUCCAGACACUCAGGUGUCAGCUACCUCAGGACCCCGGCUGCACCAACAUGCUGAGUCUGUCUCCUUUCGAAGCUGCUUCCCUGGGCGGCUCUCUCACGGUCCUCCCGGCUACCAAGGAGAGCAUGAAGCACCUGUCCCUGCAGCCCUUCCAGAAGGGCUUCAUCAUCCAGCCCGACAGUAGUAUUGUGGUCAAGCCCAUCUCCGGCGAGUCCGCCAUCGAGCUGGCUGACAUCCAGCAGAUUCUGAAGAUGGCGGCCUCCGCCCCCCCUCAGAUCAGUCUUCCGCCUCUCUCCAAGGCCCCUGCUGCCCCUCUGCAGGCCAUUUUCAAACAUAUGCCCCCUCUGAAGCCAAAGCCCCUGGUCACCCCACGGACGGUGGUGGCCACCUCCACACCACCCCCUCUCCUCAAUGCCCAGCAGGCCUCCCCGGGCUGCAUCAGCCCCAGCCUCCCCCCACCGCCCCUGAAGCUCCUCAAAGCCCCCGUGGAGGCGGUCCCCAACGCCCACCUGCUGCAGUCCCAGGCCGGAGCCCAGCCAGACACGGCCACGCAGCUCUUCCUGCAGCAGCCGCGGAUGGAGCUGCCCGGCCAGGCCGAGAUGAAGACCCAGCUGGAGCAAGACAGCAUCAUCGAGGCCCUGCUGCCCCUGAGCAUGGAGGCCAAGAUCAAGCAGGAGAUAACGGAGGGUGACCUCAAGGCCAUCAUGACGGGGCCCGGCAGCAAGAAGACGCCGGCCAUGCGCAAGGUGCUCUACCCCUGCCGCUUCUGCAACCAGGUGUUCGCCUUCUCGGGGGUGCUGCGCGCCCACGUGCGCUCCCACCUGGGCAUCUCACCAUACCAGUGCAACAUCUGCGACUACAUCGCCGCCGACAAGGCCGCGCUCAUCCGCCACCUGCGGACGCACAGCGGUGAACGGCCCUACAUCUGCAAGAUCUGCCACUACCCCUUCACCGUCAAGGCCAACUGCGAGCGGCACCUGCGCAAGAAGCACCUCAAGGCCACCCGCAAGGACAUCGAGAAGAACAUCGAGUACGUGACCAGCAGCGCCGCUGAGAUGGUGGACGCCUUCUGCUCCCCGGACACGGUGUGCCGGCUGUGCGGCGAGGACCUGAAGCACUACCGCGCGCUGCGCGUUCACAUGCGCACGCACUGCGGCCGCGGUCUGGGCGGCUGCCCCAAGGGCCGCAAGCCCUUCGAGUGCAAGGAGUGCAGCGCCGCCUUUUCCGCCAAGCGCAACUGCAUCCACCACAUCCUGAAGCAGCACCUGCACGUGCCCGAGCACGACAUCGAGAGCUACGUCCUGGCAGCCGACGGCCUGAGCCCAGCCGAGGCACCCGUCGAGGCCUCGGGGAGGAUCGAGGACGGCGGCGGGACCUUUGGCGAACGAAAACCGCUGGCCACCUUCCUGGAGCCCCAGAACGGCUUUCUCCACGGGGGCGCCUCCCAGCCUCUGCCUCCCCAUGUCUCAGUCAAGUUGGAGCCCGCCAACAACUUUGCAGUGGAUUUCAACGAGCCCCUGGACUUUUCCCAGAAGGGCCUGGCUCUGGUCCAGGUGAAGCAGGAGAAUGCCGCCUUUUUCCUGAGCCCCACCUCCUCAGCCCCCUACGACUGCUCCAUGGAGCCCAUCGACCUGUCCAUCCCCAAGAACUUCAGGAAAGGAGACAAGGAUACGGCUGCUCCUGCCGAAGUCAAGAAGCCUGAGCAGGAACCAGGGAGCGGUGAGCAGCCCUCUCCCGGUCCUCCACCGUGCCCUACCCUGCCAGUGACUUUGGGGCCCGGCGGGAUCCUGGAAAAACCCGUGGGCCCUGCAGCUCCGGCCUCCGCAGCCACCACUCUGGAAGCGCACGCUCAGCCCCUGCAGGGCUCCGUUCAGCUUGCUGUCCCCAUCUACUCCUCAGCUCUGGUCAGCAGCUCCCCCAUCUUGGGCAAUUCCACCCUCCUCAGCAGCCCGGCACUGUUGCGGCCGCUGCGCCCCAAGCCCCCUCUGCUCUUGCCAAAGCCCCCCGUGACAGAGGAGCUGCCCCCACUGGCUUCCAUUGCCCAGAUCAUCUCAUCUGUGUCCUCGGCCCCCACCUUGCUGAAAGCUAAGGUGACAGAGCCGGGACCCGCGAGCACUAGCAGCAAUAGCGCGGCUCCUGACGGCUUAGGAAGUCCUGUCCCCAGAGCCGCCACCGCCCCCACCAACACCACCAGCCCAAAAGAAUCCAGCGACCCGUCGCCUCCUGCCAACAGCCCAGAAGCAGCCUCCCCCACCGAGCAGGGGCCGGUGGGUUUGUCCAAGAAGAGGGGCCGGAAAAAGGGGGUGCGGAGCCGGCCCCGCUCCGGCAGCGGCGGGGUGGACCUGGACUCCAGUGGGGAGUUUGCCAGCAUUGAAAAGAUGCUGGCCACUACGGACACCAACAAGUUCAGUCCGUUUCUACAGAGCGCAGAGGACGACGCUCAGGAUGAGGUGGCCGGAGCCCCCUCCGACCACAAUGGGCCCAGUGACGAGGAGCAGGGCAGCCCCCCCGAAGACAAGCUGCUGAGGGUGAAGCGGAAUUCCUACGCCAACUGCCUGCAGAAGAUCAACUGUCCCCACUGCCCCCGGGUCUUCCCCUGGGCCAGCUCCCUCCAGAGGCACAUGCUCACACACACUGGUCAGAAACCCUUCCCUUGUCAAAAAUGCGAUGCCUUCUUUUCUACCAAAUCUAACUGUGAACGCCACCAAUUGCGCAAACACGGAGUUACCAACUGUUCCCUGAGAAGAAACGGGCUUAUCCCCCAGUCAAAAGAGAGUGAUGUUGGACCCCAUGAUAGCACAGAUAGCCAGUCGGACGCAGAGACCCCAGCGGUGGGGGGCGAAGUGCUGGACCUCACCUCCCGGGAGAAAGAGCAGCCCGCAGCAGAGGGAGCCCCUGCGCCCAUCCAGGUCCAGGAGGAGCUCCCUGCAGAGGAGGGGCAGCGGGGACCAGCCGGGGACGGGGAGGAGCAGGGAGCCGGGGAGAGCCAGGAGCGUGAGGACCAGCACAGCAUGGAGGAGAGGGACGAGGACGCGGACGGCCCGGAGGAAGAUACCGUCAGCAACAAGAGCCUGGACCUCAACCUUGCCAGCAGGCUGAUGGGCUUCAAGCUGGCGGAGGGCGAAGGGGGCGCCGCGAGCAGCGGGGGCCCCGCCCAGCAGGACCAGAAGCACGCCUGCGAUGUCUGCGGCAAGAGCUUCAAGUUCCUGGGGACCCUGAGCCGCCACCGGAAGGCCCACGGCCGCGAGGAGCCCAGAGAGGAGGGUACGGGCGCGAGCGGAGGGGCCGAGGGCCCUCUGCCCGUCCCCGCCGUGCCGCCCGCUCCUGAGCCGGAGGAGAAGCCCGCCAACCCCUCCUCGGAGGAGCCCCCGGCGGAAGAGGUGUCUCCAGCCGCGGAGAAGCAGGGCGAGGAGGCCGAGGGCGCCUCCGACGGGGAGGGCGUGGCCGAGAAGAAGCCCUCGGAGAAGAGUGACGAUGACAAGAAGCCAAAGACCGACUCCCCGAGAAGCGUGGCUAGCAAGGCGGACAAGAGGAAGAAGGUGUGCAGCGUGUGCAACAAGAGGUUCUGGUCCCUGCAGGACCUGACUCGGCACAUGCGGUCGCACACAGGAGAAAGGCCAUACAAAUGUCAGACGUGCGAGCGGACCUUCACCCUGAAGCACAGCCUGGUUCGCCAUCAGCGGGUCCACCAGAAAGCCAGGCACGCCAAGCAGCUUGGGAAGGACAGCGACAAGGAUGAGCGAGGCGAGGAGGACAGUGAGAGUGAGUCCACCCACAGCGGCAACAACCCUGUCUCCGAAAACGAGGCCGACUCGGCUCCACCGGCCAGCAACCACGUGGCUGUCACCCGGAGCCGGAAGGAGAGCCUGGCCAACUCGACCAAGGAUCCCAGCCGCAGGGAGGAGCGGGCAGGGGGCCGGACGGCAGGUGCCAGCCAGGCUGAAGCCGGCAGGAAUGCCCCCAAGGCCGCUCCAGCGGGCAGCCCCAAGGAGCAGGUGUCUCAGGGUGACCCAGACCCCGAGAGCCCAGCAGGCCUCGUGCAAGACCUGCCAGAGCUGCAGGGCAAGAGGCCCACCCAUCCCCUCCUGGCUGCAGACGGUGCCUCACCACUCCUGGGAAUGGAAUGACAGCUUGUCUUGUCCCCCCACCAGCACACAGACAAAGCCAGCAGAGCAAAGUGUCCUGAAUCUAUGUUUCGUGAGGUUUUCUCAGUGCCCUUCAGCUUUCGGGGAGUGAGAGAGAGAGUGACAUGAGCAGGAGCGGGCCAUCUUGUCCGGUGCCAUAGCCUUACAUCCCCGUGCGAGAGAUGCAGCAUGGACAGUUCGAGUGCCUUAACUACUCACCAGUCCUUCGGUGUCAGCCUGGGUGUUGUGUUUUCCCAAAAUGACUUUCUGAAAAACAAAGCAAAUAUUUUAAUGAAUUAUUUGGAGAGGACCUUUUCAUUUAAGCAUUAAUGUUACCUUCUGUAUUUGGUGUGUGUGAGCUUGUUCUUGCGAAUCUGUGAUAGUAACGAAUGUUCUGUGAGCUGGAAACAGAAGAAAAAAAAUACGCCCUUGGAUACCCAUAGCCAAUAACUGGAAGAAAAUGAUGUGAAUUUCAUGUAAAUUACCAGAGGAAAUAUGGAUAAGAUAUUCUUUUCUCAAAUAGACCUUUUCUCUUGUUCUGUUUGCUACAUGGUGGAGCUGUGAUUGGGUCCUCGGUGUUGCAGGAUGUGGUCGAUGAAGGUUUCCAAUUUGGUGCAAGCCAAACCAGGAAAGAUUCUAGCUUCAACCUUGUACGUGUUUUCAGCGUUAGCCGUGGUAUUACUGUUCAAAUGUCAAGACAUCCGUUCUUAACUUGCAGAGAAGAGUUAUGCUGGCAACUUACCCUAUAGAAAACAUGCACAGAUGUCAUAUAUCUGAUUUCCCUCCCCCUUUUGGUAUAUGUAUUAUUAAUAUUAUUAUUAUUAUUAUUAUUAGUUCAUCAGUUUGCUGGUCUCUGCAGUCAGCAGAAACAAAUGGGCAAUAUUUGUCCGGGGAGACCUGGGCUGCCGCUGGGUCCCCAUGUGGGCAUCUGCCCCCCGCCUCCCCCACACCUGGGUGGUAGCUCUUCCACUGUACUUAGACAAGCCUUUUUUCCGUGACUGCAGAAUCCAGCAGGGGCCGUGAACGGUCCUCCCACACGGCCGAAGAGCGGCUCAGAGAGGGGAGAGCAGGAGGCACGCGCCCAGGGCUUCUGAGAAAGCCAGGCAGCAAGGAGACCUGUCCCUUACCGGUCCUCCUGCCAAACCCAGCCCAAGCCUUACCCGCCUGUGCUACUGUCAUUUUUCAAAGCGAGGAAGUACUACUACUGGUAAUAAAACUGCACAUGCAAGAUUGAAGAUGAAAAAUAGAUUUGUAUUUACCUUCCUGUGAUUUGGGGUUGGUGCUUGACAAUAAAUGUGCUGUUUCUAGCUCCUGAAAUAGCCUGAACCCCUGGGUGCAAAAAGGCAGGAUUUUUUUUUUUUUUUCCAUGAGCAUCCCAUACAGGUAAUCGAAUUUCCUCACUGUAGCCGCCAGCAGUGAAAAGAAAUCUAUCCUACUGUAGCUGAGCUUGUGUUCAGCAUCCGGUCCUCCAGCCAAGACCUCCAGGGUGCCCGAGCCUUGUGCUGCCAGGGGCCUCCUGUGCUGCUCCACCACUCAGCCCCUCUCACCUUCCCCCUGCAGGACCCCCAUCCCCACCCCUCCCAGGACCCUUGACCCUCCUAGCCCUGAGCACCGCCCCCCCCCCACACACACACACACACUUUACUUACACUCAUGCACACAGAGACACACAGACCCUUUUCUCUCCGCUUCCUUAGCGAUUUCUCGUGGCCAAAAUCCAACCUCCCAUACUUCAAAGGAAGAUCUAUAUUCUUGAGAUAAUGAAAAGUGAUGUCUUGCAUGUGAAAGGAAAAAGGUUGAGGUAUAUAUGAUUUGUAACUGUGUUGGGGAUGUAUGAACCCAGAACGAGGUUUUAUUUAGAUGAAUACAAAUCAGAACCAAUGAUCCCCUGUAUCACUUUUAUACUAAGUGUGGUUUGCUUAGUUGAAACCAGUUCGUGCAUCCCUUCCAUUUUUUUUUUUAAUGACGAUUGUUAUUGUUAUUUUUGUUGUUAUUAUUUGGGGUAUCUUGUGUUUUGUUUUUCUUUGCAACUCUCCACACUAAAACUCACAACCAUGUGGAGAGAAGCCAUGAGUUAACCCUUUACGCCGCGGUGAGAUGUAGCAGGAAACGGCCCGGCAGAACUGCUGGGCCACAGCUCGCAAUAAUCACUAUUGAUUUAAAGCUUUAUUUAGCCUCCAUCUGUACCCUCGUAGUCAAUAAGGUCUUGCCACAUUUUAUUAGUGAGGUUGAGAAAUGUAUUAUUUGUUUGUUGUUCUGCCCCUCCCCCCCCAAUAUUAAACUGUGAAAUUUGUGAUUUGUUUAAACUCUGGGUGAAUCAUAGUUUAGUUUGCAUGUCCAGCUAAUUUGUUCCUAUACAUUUUGUUUGAUUCUCUUUCUCCUUCUCUCAGGGCUUUUACAAAAAAAAAAAAAAGUAUAUAUAUAUAUAUCCAUAUAUAUAUAUAUGGAUCUUCUGAAAAGUUUUUUGAGGUGCAAGUUUUUUCUCUUGUUUUUUCUCUUUGAUUUAUGGACACAAUGCUGAGAUUCAAUCACUACAUGAAACUCCUGGCUGUGAAAACAAAAUAUAAAACCCAGGGCUGUUUGCCAAACAGUCCCGGGGGAAGCUACGUGACAGUCAGAUGCCAGUUUCAGAAAGAUGCGUCAUACCUUCAACCCCCCCUCGUUUCUAGCCUCUCUUUCUUCAAGAAGGAAGUUGAUCCCAGUGAUUUCAGCCCAUGCAUUAAACAGGAAACAAUAAUAAAUAUGUAGAAUUCAUAUUUUUCUAAAGGGAACUUAAAAACUGCUGCUACAUGUUAUGUACAAAACCGGUUUAUGCCACAUGAACAGAAUCACGAGUUUGGUUUUGGUACUUUGUGUCCCUCUUUGUAUUCAGUUGUAUAAUACUUCCAAAUUCAAAAUGAGAAGAAAAGCUGUUCUGUAUCAAACCAUCUGAGCAAUAAAUGUUAUAUUUUAAAAAUGGCA